GAAAAGUUAACGGAUGAUGAAAUGCGAGAGAUCACUGAUGCCUUCCGGCAAUAUGACAAAAACGAAGAUGGGAGCAUAUCAUGUGAGGAGCUUGGGUGUGUCUUGAGAUCUUUUGGUCAGAACCCAACCCAAGCUGAACUGAAGGAACUGAUUAAGGAGAUGGAUCCAAAUAAGAACGGCAGAAUCGAGUUCAAAGAAUUCGUGGAUGGUAUGUCCAGGAGAGGAAUAAAAAGUCAGGAACAGGAAGAAGAUGAACUUUUAGCAGCCUUUAGAGUCUUUGACCGCGAUGAUAAUGGCUACAUCACAGCGCCCGAGCUGCGUCACGUGAUGACCUCUUGUGGGGAGCCGAUGACAGACGACGAGGUCGAUAAAAUGAUUGAGGAAGCGGAUGUCGACGAGGACGGCAGAGUCAACUAUCAGGAGUUUGUGCGAAUGAUGGCAUCUAGGCCCUAA